AUUGACCUGUUCUACAUUUCAUAAUUAAAGAUCAAUUCAAAACUGCUACACUCAAUCUCAAACACUGUUCGCUACAAUUUCUGCUAGUUAUUCUCUCUUUUGCAAUUACUAUUUGUCGGAAGAUCUGAUCUAAUGGCGGCUGAAAUGGUUGGAGGGGCGCUUCUCUCUGCUGUUCUUGCUCCGUUGGUGAAAAAGUUAACUGCUGAGGUGAAAGACUUCUUCAAUGGGAAAAAUGCCAUUCUGAAGCUGGUGGAGGAGUUGGAAACUUUGCUCUCCCCGGCUGAUCUGCUGCUCAUUGAUGCUGAGGAGAAGCUCAUCAAAGACCCAAGGGUGAGAAAAUGGCUUGAUGAUCUCAAGGAUGUCAUUUAUCAUGCAGACGACGUGGUUUACAAGAUCGACGCUGAAGCAUCGCUAAAAAAGCUGAAAGGUGGUGGUCCUGACGAAUCUCAUAGCAGCCAGUAUAAGAAGAGGCUCCUUAAAGUCAUCCCCACUCCUUUAACUUCUUUUGAUAAGGCCAUAAAACCUGAGAUAGAAGAGACGCUUGGGAAAUUGAAACGUCUUCUAGACAAUAAAGAGCUCGGUUUGAAACAUGUGAAUAAUCAUAAGCUUCCGGAGAGGGUAUGUGCUCCAUCGCUAGAAGAGUUUGAUAUUUAUGGAAGGAAUCGUGAAAAAGAAGAGAUUAUCAAGUUUCUUCUACCGGAUGAAACAACCGGUGCCGGUGGUAAAUUGUCUGUGAUCCCCAUAGUGGGGAUGGGUGGUAUUGGAAAGACUACUCUUGCUCAACUUGUAUACAAGGACGACAGAGUCAACAAGAUGUUCGAUACGAAAGUAUGGAUUACAGUGGGGGAAGACAAAGUUGACUGCACAAAAGUGAUGAAGCUAAUUGUGCAGAAGAUCACUUCUAAAACAUGUGAAAUUCAGGAUCCAUAUGAUCUUCAAGAAGAAUUAAAGAAGGCUUUGACUGGGAAGAAGUUUCUGUUUGUUGUUGAUGAUGUUUGGGAUGAGAAUCCUUCCAAGUGGGACGUUCUAAACAAUUGUUUCAAAUCGGGAAAACAUGGAAGCAAGAUAAUUGUGACAACACGGAGCACAGUUGUUGCAUCGAUUAUGGAAGCUGGGUCAACUUAUGAACUGGGAACCAUAGAUGAGGCUGCUGGCUGGCAAUUAUUUGCAAAACAUGCUUCACUUGUUGUGGACACAAAUGAUUACUUGAAUCUCAAACAAGUUGGGGAAAAAAUUGUUGACUAUUAAGUCA